GGUCUCUGUUCGAGAGGAGUGAGUAAUCAUCCAAAAAUCGAUCUGAAGCGAGCAGGGGUCUGUGAACUCGAGCUGUGAGAGUGCUGAGACUGUUUGGUUGAUAUCUCGAGUUAUACCAAUCCAAUUAAGGCGUGUGAGAUACCAAAAGAAAGCUCUCAAGACGAGGAAUCCGUGAAGGUCUGGUUUGCAUCAAUCGGAGUAGAGGAAGGCUUCCAAAUCGUCCGAGCAGAACGCGACCUCGCAGGAACGGAUUUACUCUUCUAAGAAUCGAGUUAGCCGGAAAACACCCGUUCUAGGGGCUGUUUUCGUAUCAACGAUUAGGGGUUGAAAUAGCAACUUGAGGAGGCUGUUUAGCACCCAUUUUCAAGCAAGGAACUAGUUCCCAAUCUUCUUUGGCCGAGGCUUUGGUCAUUGGAUCGAGAAGGAAGGUUUUAAAGCUCAUUUAAGGUGAGGACCGACAUCUAGUUGCUUACAACUUGUAGGUUAUGCAUGAGAUUACCUAAAUGCUUAAAUCAUGUUUUUGUGAAUAAAUAUGCUUGAACAUGAUACGAAUGAUAAGUAAUGGACUUGAUCAUGAAUUGAAACCAUAUUGAUGAAUAUGGAGUCAUGUGAGAUAGAAGUAUGCUAAUAUGGUAAAUUGACUUUUCCAACUCAUGUAUGUAUGAUAUAUGUAUGUAAAUGUAUAAUUGCAUGAUGAUGUUUAACACAUGGGAGGCUGCCACAUAUCUAUUGAUAUGGAGGGGCUACCAUUAAUGAUAAAUGAGUUGUAGGAAUAAUCUUAAUAGUAUUGUGAUGCUAGUUAAGGAUUGCCCUAAAUGUGUUAGAAUCAAACUCAAGGUUUGAGUUUGUUUGUGAUGAACUUGAAUGAGAUUCAAGUGUCAAGUGUGAUAUCAUGGAGUAGGAGAUCUAUGGUGUGAUUGUAUGAAGUAGGAGAUCUAUGGUGUGAUUGUAUGAAGUAGGAGAUCUAUGGUGUGAUUGUAUGAAGUAGGAGAUCUAUGGGGUGAAUACAUGAAGUAGGAGAUCUAUGGUAUGAUUAUAUGAAGUAGGAGAUCUAUGAUGCGAGUGCAUGAUGAUGUACUCGAGCCGAACUUUAGAAAUGGGAAGUUGUAUUAGGGUUGGACCCUACGUAUGUCGUGACCAUUAGUCACGGGGUUUUGGAAAAUGUUUUAUAACAAACAUGGGCCUUUGAGCCGGCUAUUUGACUUUAUAUAAAGUAAGUAUAUAUUUUGAAAGGGGUAAUUUGAGAUUACGGCCUAUACUAUAUUAUCACCCUAUUUGAGGGUCUUGUGUGUGAAAUACUUGUUGUAUAUCUAUUAGAUGCCUGCCACACCAGCACUUUAUAGCCCUAUAGAGUGCUGACCCCUUCGGGGGCGUCCCACCACCAUUUUUCAGGUUGAGGCUAGAGCUUGCUUCCUGUGCUCGUUGCUCGAGAGAUCAUAUAGGAGGGAAGACUUGGUUCGUGCUUCCUCCAUUCUGUUUUUAAACAUUAAUAAACAUGCUCAUGGAUAUUUUACUAUAGAGCCUGCGUGUUCAUGAAUAGCCAUGUGUGGCCAUUUUGUUUUAAACAAUGUUUUCCGCUGCGUUAUGAAUUACUUAUUAUGUUUGUUUAUGGAUGUACAUGUGUGAAAGAUAUUCAAGACGCCUUGUAUAAUAUGAAUGUGUUGGACUGCGGUUGACUAUUCGUAUUGUACGGCGGGUUGUUGACGUGUCCGGAUAGGUCCGGGGCGUGACAAUUAAGUUGGUAUCAGAGACUUAGUCCAUAAACUUCAUAAUGAAGUCUCAAAAUUCUCUUUUCAAAAUGAUUUUUGAAAACCAUGAGCAAAAACGUUUUGUACUUAAGAACUUUUGGUGUUUGAGUUGCAAGGUCUCUAAUUGUUAAGAUGGCGCCCUUAACGAUUGGUAUGGCGGUGACUUGGCCCAAGAGAUGUCUUAAGUGCCUAUCUGUCAGUUGACAUUUGAAACGAGUCUAAUGACUCAUUUUAAUUAUUUCUUUCAGCGAUGGAGGGUGAUGGUGGUAUUAUGAAUAGGGAGAACUCGGAAGGGCUUGCACCGGGUGGAACCGGGCAUGCCAACCGAGAAAAGCCCUUAGGACCAAAGGUGCAUGAAAUUCUUGAAGCUCAAAUCGUGAGUGGUGGUCAUGUUAAGACCAAGGAAGAAUCACCUUGUUAUGGCAAAACUGAACCACUCAAGGCUUCGGGUGACGAAGGAGAUGAUUUGAGUGAUGAGGACCUUGAUAAUGCACCCAUUGAACAAAUGGCAUGGUCAUAAAUUGGCUUCAACGUGAACGUGCUAGGCUUAUACAAAAACGCCAAGCUAGGCAAGCUAAGGACGCACCAUUAGGAAGGAAAAGAAAAUGGGGAGACCACGACCCCCAAGGACAUUCUAGGAGGACAAAUGUUGAGGGUGACAAAACCUUCGGGGCACACACAUUAUCGCUUGGGAGGAGUCAAGGCUCGGGUGGCCAGAGCUCGAGGUCAAAAGGUUCGAGAGUACCUAAGUGCACAAAUUGUAAGAAGCACCACCCGGGUAAGUGUUGGGACCCUCCUAGAUGCUACCGAUGCAGAGAGAUCGGGCACACGAAUGCGAAUUGCCCACAACUUGUACCCGACCAAACUUUGGGCUCAAGUAGUACGACUAUAGGCAUACGGAGUCAAGCCGGGGCCUCUCAAGCAAGUAAGGAACAUGGCGGAGCAAGUGCGAGCAACGCGCCGUCUGUGAAUCAAGGGAGGACUCACGCUAGAGUCCAUGUGAUGGCGGAGGAGGAUGCUCAAGCUAACCCG